GUCGCUACAUGAUCCAUCAUCUGAAUCUUUCUUCUUCGAUCGUGUUGUUCUGUUUUGCCCUCUUUUCUUCUACCUCUUCGUCUUUGUCUCUGAGCUUGAAUUUGAAGAGCAAAGCAAGAGAAAGAAAGAAAAAGGUAACGGAUUUUCAUUUGUCUGAAUCACAUCCCCCACACCAUUAAGGUCCACUUCCACUUGUACCUCUUCUUACUGCUCCUCCACGCUUCGUUUUCACCAUUUUUCGCUCUCUUCUUUUGGGUCCCAUUCCCUUCCUUUCUCUCUCAAAAUUUCUCACCGCCUUCUCUUCUCUUUUCUCUCAAACCAAAAACAGACCAUUCUUCGAUGACUUCUUGCUGAACCCAUUUCCCCCAAAUCUUCUGUCCUUCUUGCAAUGGCCGCUUCUGGGGGUACUAGUUAUAGAAAUGGUGCCACUUCCAGAAACUCUCUUAAGCUCGAUAAGCCCUUUUCUGCUAAUUCCAACCCCAAGUCUUCUCUCAAGUCAAAGUCUCUUCCCACUUCUGCUCUUCGCCGUAGUAGCCCUGCAUCUCUCGGAGCUGCCAAGGAUGAUGGUGGAGUUCCUGGAAGAGUUCGAGUGGCUGUUAGAUUGCGACCACGAAAUACAGAAGAAUUGAUAGCCGAUGCUGAUUUUGCUGAUUGUGUAGAACUACAGCCAGAGCUUAAAAGGUUGAAACUUCGGAAGAACAACUGGGAUUCAGAUACGUAUGAGUUUGAUGAAGUGCUAACUGAGUUUGCAUCUCAAAAACGUGUUUAUGAAGUCGUGGCUAAACCUGUUGUGGAGAGUGUAUUGGAUGGCUACAAUGGAACAAUUAUGGCAUAUGGACAGACUGGUACUGGUAAAACAUAUACGCUUGGAAGACUUGGAGAGGAAGAUACCGCUGACCGUGGAAUCAUGGUGCGUGCUAUGGAGGACAUCUUGGCUGAAGUUUCUUUGGAGACAGAUUCUGUCUCAGUAUCCUACCUGCAGCUUUAUAUGGAGAGCAUACAGGACCUUCUUGACCCUGCAAACGAUAACAUUUCCAUUGUAGAAGAUCCUAAAACUGGUGAUGUUUCGGUACCUGGGGCUAGCCUUGUAGAAAUUAGACACCAGGAGAGCUUUGUGGAACUACUAAGAUUGGGGGAAGCUCAUCGGUUUGCUGCAAAUACAAAACUGAACACUGAAUCUUCUCGUAGUCAUGCAAUUCUCAUGGUACACGUAAAGCGGUCUCUAAAAGGAAGGGAUUCAACUCUGUCAAGUGAUAUUGGUGGGAAUUCUCAUUUGGUUAAGACCUUGAAACCUCCAAUCAUUCGGAAGGGAAAAUUAGUGGUGGUGGAUCUUGCUGGUUCUGAGCGCAUUGACAAGUCAGGAAGUGAAGGGCAUACACUUGAAGAAGCCAAAUCCAUCAAUCUCUCCCUGAGUGCAUUAGGGAAAUGCAUAAAUGCACUUGCUGAGAAUAGUGCACAUGUUCCAGUUAGGGAUUCAAAGCUGACAAGAUUACUUCGGGAUUCAUUUGGAGGAACAGCGAGAACUUCAUUGGUUAUUACUAUUGGUCCUUCACCUCGACAUCGUGGAGAGACUACGAGUACAAUAAUGUUUGGCCAACGGGCUAUGAAGGUGGAAAAUAUGCUGAAGAUAAAAGAAGAAUUUGAUUAUAAAAGUUUGUCAAGAAGAUUAGACAUUCAACUAGACAAACUGAUUGCAGAACAUGAAAGGCAGCAAAAGGCGUUUGAGAAUGAAAUUGAAAGAAUUACCAAAGAAGCACAGGAUCGCAUAUCUGAGGCUGAAAGAAGUUAUUCAAAUGCCCUGGAGAAGGAAAGGCUGAAAUAUCAGAAGGAUUACAUGGAAUCAAUCAAGAAGCUUGAGGAUCAGCUGAUGGUGAAGCAGAAGAAGCUUGGUGGGGAGAAAGUAAUUAAUGAAGAGGUUGCUGCUUCUGCUUCUAGUGUAAUUGCUAAUGGAGAGGGUUUGACAGCGUCUGCUGACAAGGAAGUGGUAGAGCUAAAGAAGUUGGUUAAAAAGGAAACGCUCUUGAGGAAAGCAGCUGAAGAGGAAGUUAACAAUCUUAGAAAUCAAGUAGCCCAACUGAAGAGAUCAGAGAUGUCAUGCAAUUCCGAGAUCUCAAAGCUCCGCAAGACUCUGGAAGAUGAGCAAAAUCAGAAAAAGAAACUAGAAGGAGAUAUAGCUAUGCUACAAAGCCAGUUGUUGCAAUUGAGCUUUGAAGCAGAUGAGGUAAGUUUUGGCUCAACUUUUCUUGACUUUGUUUGUUUAGUCUUAUGUUUUAACAAGAACCUCCUUGAUUUGCAGACCAGUAGGCGACUCGACAGAGGUGAGCCUGGGAAAGUCAUGGGUUCUCUAGAUGCUCUCGUACAACAAGUUAAGCACUCACAGGCUCAGGACGCUGGAAAUGGGGAGAAGGCUUCUGUAGCCAAACUCUUUGAGCAAGUGGGACUGCAAAAGAUCUUAUCAUUGCUGGAAGCUGAAGAUUACGAUGUCAGAAUUCAUGCUGUGAAAGUUGUUGCAAAUCUAGCAGCUGAAGAAACAAAUCAGCAAAAGAUUGUUGAGGCUGGGGGCCUUUCAUCUUUGCUGAUGCUACUCAGAAGCACUGAGGAUGAGACAAUACACAGAGUUGCUGCAGGUGCAAUUGCAAAUCUGGCUAUGAAUGAGACCAACCAAGAGCUUAUUAUGUCCCAAGGAGGUAUUAGUUUGCUGUCCAUGACCGCUGCCAAUGCUGAGGAUCCCCAAACGCUUCGUAUGGUUGCCGGAGCAAUUGCCAAUUUGUGUGGCAAUGAUAAGUUGCAGACGAAGCUAAGGGGAGAAGGCGGUAUUAAGGCAUUGCUUGGUAUGGUAAGAUGCAGACAUCCUGAUGUUCUUGCACAAGUUGCUAGAGGAAUUGCAAAUUUUGCAAAAUGCGAGUCGAGGGCCUCUACACAAGGGACAAAGGCAGGAAAGUCUUUCUUAAUUGAAGAUGGAGCACUCCCAUGGAUUGUACAGAAUGCCAACAAUGAAGCAUCAACGAUCAAACGACAUAUCGAACUUGCACUCUGUCAUUUAGCACAGCAUGAAGUGAAUGCAAAAGACAUGAUCAGUGGAGGUGCCCUGUGGGAAUUGGUUCGGAUAUCACGGGACUGUUCACGGGAAGACAUAAGAACUCUUGCGCAUCGAACAUUAAUAUCAAGCCCAACAUUUCAAGCUGAAAUGAGACGAUUACGAAUAGAUUAUUGAUUUAUUCAAGGUGGUAGAUUUGACAGAAAUAUUUUAUCUUUAUUAGCACAAUCAUAUCUGAAAUGGCACCAAAGUCUGGCUUGCAUCCUGCUUUGCUUCCUGUCAAAGAAAAAUUAGAAGUCUGCUGAAUUUUUGUCAUAAAAGUAGUGUGAGAUUGGUGUUGUAAUAGUUUAUCAAAUCAUAUUAAUUUCUUAGAGGCAGACUGAGGAGCUGGCCUGAUCUGUAAUUUCAAACUUAGUGUGUAAAUUGAUUUGUAUAUUAAGUAAAUAAAAGUAGCUAAAUAGAAAAGUUAUGGGUUUACCAUGUAAUGUAAAUUCUCAUUUUGGAA